AUGAAGAUGACGCUGGAGUCGGUGGACGUUGUGCUCCACGACGCUGAGAGGGAGUCUAUCAAGCAUAAGUCCAUGCUUCUGUGGCUGAAGCAACUUAAGGAUGCCGCGAACGACAUCUCUCACAUGCUUGAAGAUUUUGAAGAUGAAACUGACCUCAACCUGAUUGAAAAAACGCAACACCACCUGGAUGCCGUCGAUUUGAAUCCACCUAACGCAUCCAGUAUCGUCAGAUCCGAUCGCGAGCACCCGCCCCCACCGGAUUUGUCGACACGAGCGGUGGAAGACUGGUCAACGGGGCGGUGCGGGCACGCGUCUCCUCUAGACGAGGAUGUAGGCGACGGCGCUGGCGACUUCUAG